UGUUCGUCUGUACUGUUCAUUCAUUCACCAUUCAUACCAUUCCUAUCAUGUGUUGGGGAAGUUAAUCGUGUAUAUAGGUAAAUGUAACCGCGUUUACCUAAAUAAUUGUAUUAGGGUCAGUUUGUUUUAAACCAAUUUUAUAUUAAGUUUGUUUUUAUGAGCACAGAAAUUGAAUGGAUGACCACGAUGAGGAUGUAUUCAGCGACACAAUAUCAGAACACUCGAUACGAAGUAAGGGCGACUACAUAAACUUGUCGAGGUUCACGAUAUACCACAGUGCACAGGACUUGGAGGAGAAAAUGGCGGAGGAGGACAGGUACACGGACAAGAGCAGCCAACUGUUGCACACGACCGACAAGGGUUCCAGUCCACAUUCACCUAAGUCAUGUCCUAAGAUGUUCACGGACGGCGCGCGGCGUGUGGACUUUGUGCUGGCAUGGAUGUCGCCCAUGCCACAUAAGCCGGUGCAGGUGCGCCAUGCGGAGGAGGCACAGGCCAAACGGGAGAUAUUCGAGCGACACCUGGAGAUGGAGGGGCUGGAGCUGGAACGAGAGGAUGUGGAAAGACACCACUUUGUCAAGAUACACGCCCCGCACGAGGUGCUCUGCCGUUAUUGCGAGAUCAUGAAGUUGCGCAUGCCCAUGAAGGAAUUGGAAGGUCAAGACGAGUUGUUGGGCUCUCAGUUCAACCUGAUCACAGAAGUGCGCUCUCUGCUGUCCAAACUGACCAGUUGUGUCAACCUGGACUCUACAGUGUUCCCGCAGGACAAGUUUCACCCCUCGGCAGAGUACAGUCGUGACAAGAGCUACCUGUUUGAUGAAUACUCUGAAGAUUUCUUCUCUGCAGCAGUUCGAACUUUGGUGGUGGACUUCAUACUGGAGCGUCAGAGCUUUAGUGAGGACCUGAGUGACGCUCAGUCUGUCGGCAUCAAGAAACUUCUCGCCGAUGGAGUGUACAGAGCAGCUUAUCCCCUCCAUGACGGAGACUACCAAGUUCCUGGAUCUCUGAGGCACCUCCUGUACACGGAGUGGGCGCAGGUCAGCAAAUGGAUCAUGUACCAGCCGAUAGACCAGAUCAAGGAGUACUUCGGUGUCAGGUUCGCUCUGUAUUUCGCUUGGCUCGGCUUCUACACACACAUGCUCAUCCCGGCGUCCAUUGUCGGCCUCAUCUGCUUUCUUUACGGCUGCUUCACCAUCUUCACAGAUACUCUCAGUACAGAUAUCUGCGACAAGUCGGAGGACAUUGUGAUGUGUCCCCGUUGCGACCGAACCUGCGACUACUGGAAACUGUCGGAUACCUGUACUUAUGCCCGCAUCACAUAUCUCUUCGACAAUCCUGUCACAGUCGUCUUUGCCAUCUUCAUGUCCUUCUGGGCAACGCUCUUCCUGGAGCUGUGGAAGCGGUACUCCGCGUCCAUCGCGCACCGAUGGGGUCUGACAGGCUACACGGCUCAGUCGGAACACCCGAGGCCGCAGUACCUUGCUCGGCUGGCUAGGAUACGCCACAAGAAAGUACGCAUCAAUGUCAUUACGGGGGCUAAGGAGCCGUAUGCUCCUUUCCUAACCUGCCGUCUACCAGCCAUGUGCCUCUCCUUUUCCGUGGUCAUCCUACUGACAGCUCUGGCGAUUGCAGCAGUAUUUGGAGUGGUGCUGUACCGCAUGUCCAUGUUGACUACUCUGAGCCUACUGGAAGACAACUCCCUCGCCACAAGAUACUCCGUUGUUAUCAUUCCAGCCACUGCUGCCACCAUCAACCUGGUGUGCAUCAUGGUCUUCAACUAUAUCUAUGACAUGUUGGCUGUGUACCUGACCGAGAUGGAGCUGCUGCGCACGCAGUCCGAGUUUGACGACUCACUCACCGUCAAGAUCUACAUGUUCCAGUUCGUCAACUACUACACGUCCAUCAUGUACAUUGCCUUCCUCAAGGGAAAGUUUGUCGGCUAUCCGGCCAAGUACAACCGGAUCUUCGGUUAUCGGCAGGAAGAGUGUAACCCCGGCGGAUGUCUGAUGGAGCUCUGUAUACAACUUGCCAUCAUCAUGGUGGGUCAGCAGGCGUUGAACAGUGUACUUGAGAUGGUGCUUCCGUUCCUAUACAAGUGGUACAACACUUUCAUGCUGGCGACGGGGCUGGACAGCCACGACUCUGACGAGGAUGUGGUGGACGGAGGCGUCUCCAAACAGUGGACUGAGGACUACAAGCUGUUGGACUGGGAUCGCGGUCUCUUCAACGAAUACCUGGAGAUGGUGAUUCAGUACGGGUUUGUAACAAUUUUCGUAUCAGCAUUUCCACUGGCACCGGUGUUCGCGCUGAUAAACAAUGUCCUGGAAAUGCGGUUGGACGCGCGCAAGUUCCUUGUGUUCUACAGACGGCCGGUGCCAUACUUCGCGCACGCCAACAUCGGCGUAUGGUUCCGCAUCCUGGACGUGCUCGCCAAGAUAGCAGUCUUCUCCAAUGCACUGAUCAUAGCAUUCUCAUCCAACUUCAUACCACGCCUGGUCUACAUGAUCAGCGUAAGUCCAGACCACAGCGACCAGGGGUUCCUGAACCAUUCUCUGGCCUACUUCAACACAUCAGACUUCCAAUACAAUAUCAGACCAAUCGACCCCUCAUUCAACGUCUCCAUAUGUAGGUAUCCAGAAUACAGAGAGCCUCCGUGGGCCGAACACAAGUACAAGAGGCCUAACAUCUACUGGCGCAUCUUGGCAGCCAGGCUGGGCUUCAUAGUGCUCUUCCAGAACCUGGUGUCUAUGGUGAUGAUAGCUGUACAAUGGUGUAUACCGGACAUGUCGCCCAAACUACGGGACCAGAUCAAGCGAGAGGCUUUCCUGACCAGUGAGAUGAUUAUAAAACAGGAAACUCUACGAGCUAGAGGCCAUCGUGGGGAGAGUCCAGUGAACCCUGUCGCGAUGAUGUACGCUGACAACGAGCUGAACAAUUCCAGCUUGAGGCGGCGACGACUGAGCAACGCGGACAAGGAAGGAGUCGGGGACAACAGGAACAGUGGAAUAGAACUGGACAAUAUCCACACUAUAGUGUAGCAGCAGAUACACGGUUUCUCUGUCAUGCCUUAACUUCUCCUGUGCCAUCCUGUCACAUCUACUGUCGCUAUGUUACUUACCAUGAAAGUCGUUAGGUUUAAGAUUUUGUUACUCAACUCCCCUCCAAGAAAUCGCCGAACCUGUGUUGAAUUUGAGACUCAGGUUUCUGUUGAGGCUGGGGUAUGCUUCCCAAUCCCAAUUACAAAAAUUGUUCCAUUGUAAAAUUUUCCUUAAUUACCAAACGGUGAAAGAAAACUCAGCACGUGUAGUUUUUUCAGUUAGGUAGAAGGAAUUUUUUCUAAUAUUUUACUUGAAUGUUCUAAUUAACGCUUUGGUGUCAGCGUUAUUUGACUCGGGCCUCCCGUGAGUAGUGGCGUUGUACAGACUAGGCUGCUCUGUUGAGAUUUUCCACAAAUCUCUAAUCCACGAAUUAUGCCAGUUAAAUGCAUUUAACUGGUAU